AUGCCUCCACCACAUGCUGCGGCUCUAGACCUGAGCUCCGCACCACCCAUCUUCAUCCUCUCUACGCAUUUGUCGACGGAGGAGCUACACGAAUAUGAGGAUCUUGUGUACGCCGCUGGUGGCGCGCUCACUUACAACCCGACCGAGGGCCGUGUCUUUCUAGCACGAAUAUCGCAAAAGAAAAGGGCGGCCUUUGAUCUACGGUCGAAAGGUAUCUGGACCGAGCCAGGUGAGCCUCCAGCCGCCUUGGCAACAGAGGGCGAAAGCGGUCCAGCUGCACGUGGCAGAAAGCGAAAACAUCCCAACAGCAGCCAGUCCUCCGGCACCAGCAGCCCGGGCCCGCCUCCUUCGCCGCCUUCCACUCCCAUUUGGCCAGAUCUGAGCUCUCACGUCCUCGUAAUCAAGCUAGAAUGGCUGGACGCGUGCAUUAAGCAGCGCACUCAGCUUGCGCACCAAAGUCAGGUGGUCUAUGCCGGUAAGAUAAUUACCAAGCCCAAAGGCGAAAGCACGCCUCCACCCAUACCAUCCACCGUCACCUACAUCAAAGCUACGCCCGGUCCAUCCUCUACUCACGCCGUCCCCUCCGCUGCGCCUCCCGCUCCACGCCCCUUCUCAUCCCAUUCUCGAACCGCACCCAGCCUGACCAAACGCCCACCUCCCAGACUUCACCGAACAACGACUUCCGAAGCCGAAGGAAACUCAUCGCGAGGCCCUUCACCGUCAAAGUUACCAGCCCUACCAUCCUGGGCGACACAAUCCAACACCGCCUCUUAUGCCUGCUGCCGGUCUACGCUGCUCACCGGCCCAAACGAUUCCUUCAUCUCUCAACUGCAGAAAAUCAAGCUUGCGCGCAUUUUGACUCUCGACGCCAUUGGUGUGCGCGCCUACUCUACCUCUAUUGCCGCUCUUGCUGCUUACCCUCACGAGCUCAGUAGCGAGACGGAGAUCUUGCGACUACCAGGCUGUAACUCGCGUAUCGCGGAGUUGUGGCUUGAGUGGUUCGAUAGCGCGGAUACGAAUGCAGAACGCAGCAUUGCACAUGUGCGGCAACUUGACGCAGACCCAGAUUUAACGAUACUGAGAGGCUUCUACGAAAUCUGGGGUGUGGGCGCGGAUACUGCCCGAAAACUGUACUAUACCCAUGGCUUGAAGGAUCUUGACGACAUUGUUGAAUAUCAUUGGAAUUCGCUGAAUCGAGUGCAGCAGAUUGGCGUAAAGUUCUACGCUGAGUUUGCGAAGCGAAUCCCUCGUGCGGAAGUGGAGGCGAUCGCUGGAGUGAUUCUUCGGCACGCGAGAGCUUGCAAGGGAAUCAAGGAAUCCGACUGGGGCACGGAGCGGGAUAUGGUGUGUGUGAUCGUCGGUGGCUACCGGCGUGGGAAGCAGGAAAGCGGCGACGUGGAUGUUAUCCUCUCGCACCGCGACGAGGGUGUCACGCACGAGCUCGUGGUAGAUGUUGUCCGCAGCCUUGAAAUUGAAGGCUGGGUCACGCACACUCUCACGCUUCAGACCACAACGUCCGACCGCGAUCAGCAGACACUGCCUUUUCGAGGUGAGGGUCACGGAGGCCACGGCUUUGACAGCCUCGACAAGGCAUUGUGCGUAUGGCAGGACCCUAACUUUGACAGCGAAAGCGGCACGAUACAGAAGAAUUCCAACAUACACCGGCGAGUCGACAUCAUUCUGAGCCCAUGGCGCACGGUAGGAUGUGCGGUACUUGGCUGGAGCGGCGGAACGACAUUCCAACGCGAUCUUAGGAGGUUUGCGGCGAAAGUUAAAGGUUGGAAAUUUGAUAGUAGCGGAGUAAGAGACCGGGCAAGUGGGGCGGUAGUGGAACUUGAGGGGAAUGGAAAAACGUGGGAGGAGAGGGAGAGGAACGUGAUGGAAGGCCUGGGUGUAGGCUGGCGGCCACCCGAGGAGAGGUGCACAGGUUAG